AAUUUUUAAUAGUGGUCCCUUGGUACUUUCAUGCUCAGAUGUGACGUUCAUUGCAUUCUGGUGAAUGGUCUUGCUUAUUCAUCAGGAAACUGGCUUCAUUGCCUGAGAUUGAUUGUUCAUGCUGAAUACAGACAUUUGGAAGUUUGCAUGAUUGAUGAUUGUCCUGAUUUUGGCGUGGACCAAGCUGAGACAUUUUCGCUUGAGUUUGACUGCUAAACCUUAAAAUCAAAUAAUAUUGAUUGGUGCAAUGGCUAAGUGUGUGCUGGACCGUAUUGCUAAACGACGGUUGACACGUUUGAUUGUGUUGGUGGUCCUUACUGCGUGUGUUGUGCGUGGAAUAAUUUCAGUCCAAGACAAAGUGUAUUAUACGCAGAAGGAAACACUGCAUAUUGUCUUUGAUCGGAAUCAGAAGGAGUAUUCCUACGACAGGAAUUCACCAUUGAUUUUUGUUGGUGGAGUUCCACGCAGUGGCACGACGUUGAUGCGAGCGUUACUGGAUGCCCAUCCAGAUGUGAGGUGUGGAGAGGAGACGCGUGUUAUUCCAGAUAUGAUGCGAAGCCGUGCCAAGUGGAUGAACAACCAACGUGAGCGAGAUCGAUUGCUGGAGGCUGGUAUUGAUGACGAAGUAAUGAAUGAUGCUGUGGCUGCGUUUGUGUUGGAGGUCAUGGCUAAACACGGGGAACCAGCCAAGCGAUUAUGCAAUAAAGACCCGUUUACACUCUCCUCGUUAUCCUACUUGCAUAGUGUCUUCCCGAAUGGAAAGUAUCUAUUGAUGAUACGAGAUGGAAGAGCCACUGUUCAUUCCAUCAUCUCGAGGCAUGUUGGUAUCACUGGGUAUAACAUUACCAGCUAUCGUGAUUGCUUGACUAAAUGGAACCGUUCCAUUGAAAAGAUGUACAUUCAGUGUUUAGAAGAAGGGCCACAUGUUUGUUUGCCUGUGCACUAUGAACAACUUGUGCUUCAUUCAGAGCAAUGGAUGCGGACAAUCUUGAAUUUCUUAGAUAUUCCUUGGAGUGAUGCAGUACUUCAUCAUGAAGAUGCUGUUGGCAAACCUGGAGGCAUUUCGCUCUCUAAGAAGGAGAGAUCAACUGAUCAAGUGAUCAAGCCCAUCAACAAAGGAGCCUUGACGAAGUGGGUGGGGCAUAUCCCAGUAGACGUCUUGGCAGACAUAGACACUAUAGCGCCUAUGCUGUACAGACUAGGGUAUGACCCGCAUGCCAAGUAUCCCAACUAUGAAGAGGGUCGCCGUGGGAUGGAUCCAACAGACAGGGGGAAGAAAGAGUUCAGGAUGGGGGACAAGACCAACUUACAAGCCCUUCAGUUUGGUAAAGUCAAUCAUCCCAUGGAAGGAGUCGUUGAAGCACAGUUGGCAUACAAGUAGCCAUGUUACAAAACAAUGCAAGGUGAAUUUGAUGUCAAACUCAUAUCAGCUUCUUUCCAGGGUUCAAAUUUUUUUGUCAUGGCAAUCGAUAAUUUUCUGCAGAUGUCGUUUUCAGAAUUUACUUAUUCUAAAGUGAUUUUAUGGUUUGAGAGCAUGUUCAGGUAAGAUAACAUCUGCAUAUUCACAUAAACUUGGUCAAAUUAAAGGUUUUUGUUUUAUGUUCCUUUUUGGUUUUUUAAGAGGAAGGAGGAUACAUAACUUAGAAUUCAAGUUUUGUGUUAUUUCUUCAACACCUGAAUUCUGUACUUGUGUGGCACAAAUUGUGCCAAGAGUUACUUUGUGGUUACCGUUUAUUUACGUUUACUCUCAUCUUUUUCUCUUUGCCAGGUUACGUGUUCCUCCAUAAAUUUGGCUAUGAAGCCGGUACAUGUUUACAAAUGUUUCUUUUCCACAAUUUUGUCCCCAAGUAUCACUGUUUCUUUUUUAUUAUUGUUACUAAAGUUGAAGAACUUAACUAGUUUUUUUUCUGAAUCCAUGUACUGAAAGCGCUUUUUGACACUAGGCAAACCCCUUAACUGUUUUCUUUGUAAUUGGAAAUUUCUUCUGUUUUCUGCAGUGGUUAUCUUAUUCGUAAAGAUUUCCAUUGUCAGUAGUUUUCCAACUAAUUGAGUUAACAUUUUUGACUUAUUUUUUUCUUUUACAUAGCUUUAUUGACCGAUAUGCCAUUCUCUAUAUGUCUUGUCCUAUUAACCACUUCCUGCCGGGGACUCCGGAACCAGAGACAUAUGGUUUAUAUGCGUGGCCGGGGUCUCCGAACUC